GAAAGAUUCCAGGAUCUGCAGUGCUGGUCUUUGAUAUCCACGUGGUUGACUUCCACAACCCCUCAGAUUCGGUCAGCAUUACUGUUAACUACAAACCUUCCAACUGUACCAUACUGAGUAAGAAGGGAGAUUACUUGAAGUAUCACUACAACGCUUCGUUGCUGGAUGGUACUUUGCUAGACUCGACACACAGCCUUGGCAAGACCUACAACAUAGUCCUGGGAUCAGGACAGGUAGUGGUGGGGAUGGACAUGGGCCUUCAAGACAUGUGUGUUGGUGAACGCCGAACGGUCGUUAUUCCACCUCAUCUUGGUUAUGGAGAAGAUGGAGUCGAAGGAGAAGUGCCUGGUAGUGCUGUACUAGUUUUCGACAUCGAACUGCUGGAACUGGUGUCUGGCUUGCCUGAAGGGUACAUGUUUGUAUGGAAUGGGGAAGUCUCUCCCAAUCUUUUUGAAGAAAUAGACCAGAAUCAUGAUGGAGAGGUUCUUUUGGAGGAGUUUUCAGACUACAUUCAAGCUCAAGUUGAUUCCGGCAAAGGAAAACUAGCUCCUGGUUUUGAUUUUGAAAAGAUUGUUAAAAAUAUGUUCACCAAUCAAGACAGGGAUGGAAAUGGUAAAGUUACCGCUGAAGAGUUCAAGUUGAAAGACCAGGAGGCCAAAGAGGAACACGAUGAACUGUAAAGCUAAGAAAAAAAGAAGAGUCCUGAGCUGACCUACUGUUUGAACGUGUGUACUGGAAGAGGUUUCGGCAAGCAUUUCUGACAGGUUAGCGCGUGGCUAGCUAGCCUGUGUCUGCC